UCCUUCUAAAAAAAAAGCCAUUCGAGCUUUUCGAAAUUAACAAGUCGAAAAGUUACACGCGACGCAAAUUUAGAAACUUUAGUGUCUCACUCCGAGAAGCAUGGAUCCAAUUAAUGGUAGUGAUGGCAACGGCAAUGAGUCUAAAACAGAUUGUCACGCCUUAACGCUUUUCGAAGAAUACUCCCAUCGCAACUGCGAAGUCGCUAGAGCAUUGGAGGAUGUCGGAGAAGCGCGGAGAUGCGAGGAAGAGGAGUACGCGAAGUUGUGUCAGGAGCACGGCGACCUGAAAAGGCAACUCGAUCAGCUGAAAGACAAGUCGAGAGUUGCGGCCGCAGAACAGGACGCUUUUCUUAAGGACACCGAGGGCCUAGUGCGAAAAUUGGAAGAGCUCAAGGUCCAGGAUCGAAUAAUGGUGGAGAGAGUUAAGGUGCUUCAUAGCGACGGGUUUGACGAGGAAUUGGCGAGGAACACAGAGAAACUACUCUUUCGAGCCACGGAUAUUAAGAUGCAAAGGUGCCAUGAAACACAAUAUUUGAAAGGAGUCGUGUACAAGGGCAGCACUGCAGGUGUGCCUCUGCUGCAACCAACGACUGGCCUCAGCCCAUGCGAAGUUGCCGACCGUCUUUGGAAUCUGGUUUCCACACCUUUCAAAGCUUUGUGACCGUCAAGGUCACAAGAUCUUUUAUCUUUGACAUUAUGCCAGCCGUAAGGCCAAGGCUGGUUAUCAAUAAAGCCACACACAUUUGAACUAUUUA